GAGGAGGGUAGGGGGGCGGGCGCGGCGGGGGAGGAGGAGGAGGUCGGAGAAGGGGAGGCUCUUUACGUCUCUAAAAUUUACCUGACAGAAAAACCUGUUUGUUUUAGGAUUUUAGUAACUAUCGAACUGAUUUCUAAUGGUAGGGUAAACUUACCAAGCAUUAAUCUAUAACUUAUUUUUGUUUGAAGAUUCAAGAAACAGGCUUGCUAGUCCGAGCAAUUAAGCUUUGGUGUUUUAUGAUCAAAAUUGCAAUAUAAGUAUUCUAUGUUAGAUAGCCAUUAGAUGACUUUAGAGGGUUUUUCCUUCUACGGGCCGUUGGUUCUGCAUCCCAUAAAAUGUUAACAGUUGCAGCUUCUGCAUUAUAAUUAGAAUUUGUUUGAGAUUGAUGCUGCUUGCGGGAUUGCCGGAUUCAUGUAUGACUGCUUGCUUUUCGGUAUGAAUGAUGCAUUUGGCAUUUUUUGAGAAACUGCACUGCUCAUUUGAACAAAAUAUGAGUGGGUAUUUUGAUCAUUCUAAUUUGAGGUUGAAGAGGAGGCUGACAGACAGUUAGAGGUUGAAGAUGACCGGAGAUUAGAGGUUUCAUGUCUCCUUCUUCUUGCAGCUAUUGUGGCAAAACCUCAUUCAUCCGCGACGAUGAAUCUGGCACGUUGAUAUGUUCUUCUUGCGGUUGCAUUCAACAAUUCGACCAAUUUGAAGCUCAAAUCGGCGGCAUCGAUGGGCCCCAGGGUACUUUCAUCCAUGUUGGCACCGCUGGUUCCGGCAGCGUAUACUCUUAUAGAGAGAAGAAACACUUUACCGCAAAAAGCACCAUCGAGGAAGUAACCUACAGUCUAGGGUUAUCUUCCAAGAACAGCGACGUCAGGAGCAUGGUGUACACCAUAACCGAUGGUGAGUUUGGCGAGGGCGAGUGGUUCCGCGUGCUCAUCGGCGCGUGUGCUUAUGUUGUCAUGCGGAGGGAGGACCGACCCUUGCCCAUGGCGGAGGUUGCCUCCACGGUGGGAUGCGAUGUCUAUGAAAUCGGUAAGAUGAUUCAGCGUGUUGUUGAUUUUUUGGAUCUGAGACCUGAUUUUCCGGAGUUUGACAUUGUGCAUUCGUUGGAAAGAACAAUUAAAAAUUCGAGUGUUUUUUCCUCUAUUGAGAGCGGUGUGAUUGAGAAGAUGCGGAAACAGGGGGUGUUUUUGAUUCAAUGUACGGUGAAGUGGUUUUUGAGCACCGGCCGCCGGCCCCUUCCGCUGGUGGUGGCGGUUUUGGUGUUUGUGUCGGAGUUGAACGGGGUCGAGGUGGUGAUGGAGGAAUUGGCUAAGGAAGUUCAUGCUACGGUUUCAACUUUUAGGCUUAGAUAUAAGGAAUUGCUUGAGACGCUCGUGAAGGCUGCGCAGGUGUUGCCUUGGGGUAAGGAUGUUACUGUUAAAAACAUUAUUAAGAAUGCGCCUUUGGUGAUUCGGUAUAUGGAGAGGAAGGUUCUGUUGAAUCCUGGGAAGACUCAGAAGAAGAGGAAGGGUCUUGAUCGAGCCGUGGUGGACUUGGAGGAUGUGGUUGCUGAAUGCUUGAGACAUGACAAUGAAUUUGAAUACGGCGUUGAUGGUGUGACUUCGCGUAAGGAUUUACAGUAUUUUUUGUUGGAGAGUAAAAUUGUUGGGGAUGCUGACAGGAUGCAGAUUUCCACUGAAUGCUUGUCUCUGAUGUAUAAGAAGUUUUUAGAUCAAAAUCGUUGUGCUGAGCUAUUGCGAGGGAGUGGGAAUUCUCGGAAAAGGAUUAUUUUUCAAUUUGAUAUUCUGGAGUGUAGGGAGUGGUGGGAUGGAAAAUCUGAAUUGAGCAAGAAGCUUAUGCUUAAAGAACUAAUGGAGAAGGAUAUUGGUGUGGAUACAAUGCCGCCAUCGUUUGUCAAUGGUCAAUUGAAAUGUAAAAUGAGGAAGGAGAAAAUCAAUGCUGCUAAGUUGCGCAUAAAAGGAAUUAUGCAUCCAGUAGAUGCUAAUCUAGGUGAUGUUUCUGUCCCUUUGGAUAGCUCUUGUCCUGUGAGAAGGAGGAAGAGAAAAGGAAUGGUAGUGGACGAUAUUGACUGGGAAGACCUUAUUAUUGAGACCCUUGUUCUUCAUCAAGUAAAAGAUGAAGAAAUUGAGAAGGGGCAUUACAAUACCUUACUGGAUCUACAUGUGUUCAACUCUGGCAUUGUAUGAGAGGUUUCAGAUAUAGAGGCAUUCUGUGAGAAAUUUCAGAUAUAUUGCUGUCGUAAUUAUUAGUUAACAUUUUGUCCAAGACAACCAUCUAGAGCAUAUUUUUUGCUGCUGCAAGUUUUGUACGAACAUCUUUUUUUAGAUGAAUGACGAUGACAAUUUUGUUUGUUACUUUUCAACAAUUCAGGGACCUUAAUGUACAUACAUGAUAUCAGGAUACAAUGAUGAUUCUAUAUACAUCUUAUUUUGGUUCUGCUUUUACUAUAUUGCUGUUCAAAUUUUAGUUACAGCUUGUUUUUGGCGAUGAUAAGGCUCGCCGCUAUCGAAGGUUUUGCCACACUCUUUUGUCGCUGUGCUGUUGAAGCCUCUACCACCAUCAUUGAAGAUUCUGAAAACAUUUCUCCUCUAGCGACUAGCAAAGGCAUAUCACUCUAGAACCCAAAGGUAAGAAUGUUUUUCCCUUUCCCUUUCAAAAGGGAUAAAUAAAAUUGAAAAGUGAUGCACAUGAGGAGUAUUCAUCUGGGAUGAAUGGGGUAACAAUUAAUUUU